GCCAUAGCUAUGCAGAAAAUUACCAAAGAAAGUUUGGAUUCUCAGGACUAUGGAAUAAUGAGAGUCGUUCCUGGUUUGGAAAUAAAGAUCGUGAAUGAAGAAAGUAAACUAUUGCCUACUGGUGAAAGAGGAGAAAUCUGUCUGCGAUCAGCUUGGGUCUCGUUUUGCAACUGGGACUACAUGAACCCUGACCUGGAAGGCCGAGUAGAUACCAGCAAGAAAUCCAAUGGAUGGAAUUCAUCUAAAGAUGUUGGAGUUGUUGUCAAACAAAAUGGCAUCAGAUUACUUGGUCGACUUGAUUUCAUGAUCAAAGUAGCCGGCGAAUCCAUUCCGCCAGCUCUUCUUGAAAGUACGAUACAAGAACACCCCGAUGUCAAGAAAGUGUGCGUCGUUGGAGUUCCUGACGAGCGAUUGUACCAGAAGAUAUGUGCAUGUAUUAUACUCAAACAGGAUCACCAUGACAACAGGAAUGACCUCAGUGAUCAUUUUGACAAAUGGAGCAAAGACAAAUUCAGUGCGUCGUCUUUUGGUUUUAUCACUAAACCUCACUACUACGUCUUCCUCGAUAGUUUUCCACUGACUGGAACCGGUAAGGUAAAUCUAAGAGAAAUGAGAGACAUUGCAAUAAAAGAAUUAAAGUUGAUGUAAUGAAAAAUUGAAUACCCUUUGCACCUAUUUCUCUUUGUAAUCAAUAAAACAAUCAAAAGGGAUACUAGCCGUUGUUUGUAAGAAUUGUUGACAAUAGUACCACUUGUAUGACGGGUAUGGGACAUGAUUUUAAAUGGGACGAUCAGGUAGAUCUUCAAGGUUAUAAUCACUGUCUGUUUCUUACAACUGUUUGUACAUUCAAACGUCUUGGGCUCCCUGUGUUCCCGUUAGACACAGAUCAGUUUGAAACUCCAUAAUCUUUCCAGAGCUCAUGUAAUUAGUAGUAAAGGAGGACCUUUAACGCAUAAUAAUAUCGAAAUCUAUGAAGCUCAACUUUCGAAGAGAACAAUUCAAGGAUCUAAUUCAUAUUCUUGUUUGAGUGAUUUUGUAAACAUGCAGUUAAAAUACGUCAUCGUGAAUUAGGGGAAUGUAGGUCAAAUUUUGGUGGCACAGCGACGUAUUCGAAUACUCAUUUUGCUCGGUAUACAUGUAUUCUGCAACACCAACAACAUAUCAGAAAGAUGAGUUACAUUCACAUCCCUCAUAAACGACCUCUUGAACACAGGACUGCUUUCCAAAUCCUGCAAACACAUGCCAAGGAGCAACCAAAUAAGGAAGCAAUUGUUUUUCGCGAUGAAAAACUCAACAGAGUUUCAUUCACAUUCCAGGAAUACGACACCAUGUCCAGAUCCCUUGCGGCUGGGUUACUUGAGAUAGGAGUUGGACGAGGAGAUAGAGUUCUAGUGCUUCUUCCAUCGUAUGUGGAGUUUGUUCUCUUCCAUCUGGCCUUGAAUAGGAUUGGUGCGAUUAUGCUAGCCUCCGAAGAAAAUCGCUAUUCGGCUGUUUGUGGUACUUCACAACUCGCUUGCGUCAUCGCUCGAGUUGCUCCAACAAUCAUCAACAACGACAAAGUUAUCAGUGAAAUUAAAAAAGCCCUKCACCAGAACAUGCUCAAGGCUGCAAUACUAGUAGGCUCUGAUGCUGAUGCAGAUCUUGUCGAUCACCCUAAAGCUUACACUCAUCAAAGACUGUAUGCAAUGUCAGAUAGCAACCCGAAAAGUGCAGAAAAUGUCCGAAAUGCGGAAACCAAGGUCCAAAUGGAUGAUCCAUGUUUGGUUAUAUUUACGUCCGGAUCAACAGUACUAAAGCCAAUCGAACACGAUCACCACGGUUAUGUGAAUGGUAAAUUGCCAAAACCAAUCGAAAUCACUCACCAUGGUUAUGUCAACGGAAUCUUGGCAACUGCUGAUAUACUGGAAAUGACCCAAGAAACAAUAUAUUUCAACGACUUCCCAUUUUUUUGCAGUUCAGGUGUCGAAAACAGUAUAGGUGCGUGUAUUGUUAUUGGUCUUACCUACGUUGCUUUUCCACCUAAGCGCGACAUUUGUGGUCGACGUAUAAUGACCAUGAUGAGGAUAAUCCAGGAAGAGUCCGUCACUCAAGUUAACUUUCUGCUUCACAUGCUGCACGAAAUCGUGCCUCAUAAGAAAGAAAUCAUCGCAAUGAAUCUAAAGACGUUGAAGUUCAUAAAUACAGGAGGCCAGCCUACUCCAUUACCUCUUAUAAAGACAAUGCAUGGUAUUUGGCCCAAUAUCGAAUUCUUGAAUUGUUAUGGAACGACUGAAGUACCCUCCAUUGCAGUGCAGAAAAUUGGUAAAGAGGGUUUGGAUUCUAAGGACUAUGGAAUAAUGAGAGUUGUUCCUGGUUUGGAAAUAAAGAUCGUCAACAAAGAAGGUGAACUAGUACCAACUGGUGAAAAAGGAGACAUCUGUCUGCGAUCAUCCUUUGUUUCGUUUUGCAACUGGGACUACACGAACCCUGGUCUAAUAGGAGACCUAGUGCAUGCUAAGAAGAAAUCUAAUGGAUGGCAUUCUUCUAAAGAUGUUGGAGUUGUUGUCAAUCAAAAUUGCAUCAGAUUACUUGGUCGACUGAAAUUCAUGAUCAAUGUAGCCGGGGACUCUAUUCCACCAGUUUUUGUUGAAAGUAAAUUGCAAGAACACCCCGAUGUAAAUAAAGUGUGCGUUGUUGGAGUUCCUGACAAGCGAUUAUACCAGAAGAUGUGUGCGUGUUUUGUACUCAAACAGCGUCACCAUGACGACAGGAAUGACCUGAGCGAGCAGCUUGAUCAAUGGAUUAACAAUAAAUUCUCGGAGUCUUCUAGCGGGCUUUUUCAUAAACCACACCACUAUGUCUUUCUCGAUAGUUUUCCCCUGACUCCAACGGGCAAAGUGAAUCGUAAGGAAUUGAGAGAUAUUGCAAUAAAGGAAUUAGGGUUAAUCUAGUAAUGGAUUGAAAUGUCACAGAGCAAUAUUUAUAUUGAUAAAUAUCAGUUGACUCGAAAAACAAUAAAAAAAGGAGCGGAGUACAAAUGCAGCAAAAAGAUAUCUUGAACUAUGACAAGGAGAAAAAAUGUUCUUGCAAAGACCAAAUCCAAGCCCCCCUGCAUCCCUAACAUCAAAAACUCCAAUAAUCAGCUCCAUAUAGUAAGAUUGCAUACUCGGGCAUAAAAUCAUAAAAGAAAACACUAUAAGGUUUCUAA